CAAGCAGUUAACCACUCCAAUUUUAUAUGAUUCUUCUAAAGUUGGGGUGGAUUUGUCACUUCACUAUUUGGUAUCCAAACUAGCAAGUGGCAACUCACAUGUGCCUCUCUAUCCAAGAUAGAUAUACAAAUUGCAUUUUCCCCUUAAAGAAUUGAGGAGCCAAUCAUUUUUUAAUAAGAACCUAAUAAGAUCACCAAUGCCACCAAACUUGACUAGGUUUUAUAUAAGGUCCAAAAUCAACUCUCUUUUCAUCCCCUAAAACAAACAACCAACCUCUCUUUGCAACCACCAUAUUUUCCUCCCAAAUCCUCUUUCUUUCUUCAAAGAAACAUGGAAUUCUCAACUUUCAACCCCUCUACAUGGAAUUCUUUUUUCACCUCUCCUCUCCUUUUUCCCUAUCAGUUCAUUCCUGAAAAUUAUGUUCACUGGAGAGAGACUCCUGAAUGUCACAUCUACUCUGCUGAUCUUCCAGGUUUGAAGAAAGAGGACAUAAAGGUGGAAGUUGAGGAUUCAAUAUACCUGAUAAUACGAACAAAAGCUGCCAAUGAAGAGAGUGAGCCAACAAGGAGCUUUACGAGGAAAUUUAGGCUACCAGGAAUGGUGGAUAUGGAUGGAAUUUCUGCUAGUUAUAGAGAUGGUGUUUUAACAGUCACUGUUCCAAGAACACUUGUGAGAAGGGGAUUCUUCAUUGAUCCAAAUGACCUGCCACAAAGGAUGGUCAAUCUUGGUGCUAGUGCUGCUUGAUUAUUUUUCUUUUAAACAAGAUUGGUUGAUAGUAUUAAUUAGUACCUAAUCUUGUAAGCAAAAUUGUUUUUUUUUUUCCCCUUCAGGGGGAUGAUCAUUGUUUAGGAGUAAAUGAUUUCAAGAUUGUGUUCUCUUUGAGAAUAUGUACAUAAGUUAGAUUAAUCAUUAAUCGUAAUCCUUGCAUUGAAUUUGCCGUCA